AUGUCUUUAAUUACCGGAAUAUUAAGCAUCUGUAUCCUCCUUCCGGUACAGGCCUUGACUCCCUUGUAUAUCAAGGGUAACCGUUUCAUUCAACCUGCUCCCGAUGGUGAUAAGGUGUUUUUCUUGAAAGGCAUGGACUACCAGCCAGGAGGGUCAUCUGGAUUCCACCAGGAGUCAUUAUAUGACGUUUUGUCUAAUCCAGCAGUGUGUUAUAGAGACGCCAAGGUGUUGCAAACUUUAGGGGUCAACGUUAUCCGAAUCUAUAAUUUGAACGUAGACGUCAACCACGAUGCGUGUGCUUCCAUCUUCAACGCUGCAGGCAUUUACUUGCUCUUGGAUGUCAACUCGCCGGUUCAGUCCAUCAAUCGGUAUGACCCAGAAAGCUCGUACAACUUAGGGUAUGUUACUAGAUUAUUCCAAUUUAUUGAAGCCUUCAAGUUGUAUCCUAACGUUGCUGGUUUCUUUGCUGGUAACGAGGUUAUCAACGAUUCAAUCUCCGCCAGAUUGUCACCAAAGUACAUCAGAGCCGUUCAGAGAGACAUGAAGCAGUACAUGGCCGAGCACUCCAAUCGUCAAAUUCCCGUGGGCUACUCUUCCGUGGAUGACACCUCCUUCAGAGAAGAUUCCUGGGAGUAUUUUAGAUGCUCGAUUCCAGGUGAAUCUGGAGAUAUCUCGAGGUCUGACUUCUACGGAGUCAACACCUACAGUUGGUGUGGGGCCCGCGAUGAUUUCAAAACCUCCGGAUAUGAUAAGCUUGAAUCCGUAUACUCCUCCACAAAUCUUCCAUUUAUCUUUUCGGAGUAUGGCUGCAACACCGUCCGCCCGAGGGUGUUCCACGAGGUUUCUCGGGGCUUAUACGGACGAUUGUCUCUGUUCGCUUCUGGCGGCUUGAUCUACGAAUACAGCGAAGAGGAAAACGGCUACGGGAUUGCCCGUGUGAACCCCGAUGGAUCGGUCCACCUUCUUGAAGACUACGACCACUUGCGUGAACAGUACCGAAGGCUCCAGUUACCAACAAUCGCAGCUGCUGAAGUGGUGCAGACGGCUGCACCUAUGUGUUCGCUUCCUCAGGUACAGGAAGAUGGGUUCUCUGUUUCAAUUCUCUCCAUUGAUUACCACUUGCCCGAACAGCCAGCGGGCGUCGACGCUUUGAUCCGGAACGGCGUUUCCUCCAGAAAUAUCGGACAGAUUGUAGACGUCAAUUACACAGCCCUUGAAAACCAUGCCUUACAGGUGUUUGACUCUCAGGGAAAACCACGUGCAAUCCAGUUGAAUGCUUAG